AUGAAUUCUACGGAAAAAGCGGUCGAAAAGUUGACAGGUAAAAUUCGCCAUGAUCUUGCCAUGCUCUACCGACAAGAGGCUGAACAGGCGUUGAACGAACAAGAUGAUCGUAUUACUGCUAAACGAUUAUUUGCUAAAUCAGCCAAGUGUUAUGAACUAUUGGCGAAUGAAACACGAGAAAAGGUAAAGCAGUAUGAGACUACGCAAAAACCUUAA